UGGAUUCUACCUGACAUGUUGAGGUUUCCCGCCGCUACCGAUGUGUCUGGAUAUCCAUUACCUCAACACACUCAUGCAGCACAGAAUGAAAUCUCACCAUCUUUAGUAAUUCGUGGGAUCCACUUCUAUUUUUCACUAAUCUUCCCAAAGGCAGUGGCUUCGUAUUGGACUCCAGAGACCGGUGGUAGUGAGAGAUAUACAUCAUGGGUUCUUCUUCGACGUCACAUGUGCAUCACACAAAAUGUUGUUUCAUUGUUAACCCGUUAAGAUAUAUGAUACAAAAAUUAAUUUUGGCUUUACCGUGAUCGUCAGAGACAUAAUGUUGGUUGGAGAUAUAUCUGCGUGGAUUAAUUUUUAAAACCAGAAACACAGUGUGAAGAGCAGACAUUUCAGACGAACGGUGGCUUCAUCGUGGACGUCAUGGACUCUCUCUGAACCACCGAUAGAUGUCACACAAAUGCGACACACCAACAAGGAUGAUGGUGUUUUUUCUUCUCCCCCUUUUUAUGACGGCAGUUUAUGCUGGCACCCCUUCCUACCAGUAUACUUUCGAAAGGCUUACCACGCAAGACCAACUUAAAGCCAUUCAGGUACCAUCCAGCGUAUUACCAACUCAAAAUGUUGAAUACUGCGCCCGUCAUUGUGCCGAGGAUGACAAGUGUGUUUCAUUGUCGUAUCACGGGGACCAGUGUACCAUAUACAGAUCAUCUCUGUCUUCGUCGGGGAUUACUGUCUCAGGGUCCCGAUCCUACAUCAAACAAGGAGCUCUGCCCAGUGAGGAUCCGUGUCCACUGUCUCAAGGCUACACGUCUGUCCUCUACCCCCGCGUCUGUUACAAGCUAUACAAUACCAAGCCUUGGAAGACUUGGGCAGAAAGCCAGGCUCGGUGUCAGAGUGACGGCGGACGUCUCAUCAUCUUAAACACGAGAGAGAAACACGACUACAUUGCUGCCCUCAUGACUCAGACGUCGUCUGAAUACGGGGCGCUUAUUGGACUGCAGACGACAAGCUCAACCAGCUAUGCCUGGACCGAUGGAUCGACCUUUGUCCGGGAAGGAUCAAAGCAUCCAUCUUCAUUCAACAGUGGAUGUGCAUACCUGACUGAAGAUAAAGUAAGGACCACUUCGUGCUCAAAUCCAGGGUGGUCGUUGUGUGAGGUUGUCUGACGCUUUAGCGGAAAGAGGAAAGAAAAUCUUUUUGGCUUUGACUCUUUUAAAAAGCACAAACAAUAACUUCUUUGUGGCGUGAUUAUUCUAGGAAGUAUUCUACUAUGUGUUGGUAAUAGCUUCUGAAGCACUGUUGGAACUUAUAAAAAGAGCCUAUGUUUUCAUGCCUCACUUAGGGGAUUGUUCCAAAUCAGUAUCUGACCCAGAGAUACAGAUAGAAGUUGCGAGAUACCAGACUCAUACGCGACACGUGUCCCAUAGUGUUUCCAUUUUAUUUUGGUGUGUAUUAGUGCUUUUUUAAACCACACAAGAACCUCACGCUUCGCAUUUGUUUCCACGGUAAUUGUUAUAAAGAUUUAAAUCGGACCAUAUCCCACCCGGGUUAGAAAUGGCCUUCAGCAACUAUUGCUUGUCGUAAGAGGCGUCUAACGGGAUCGGGGAGGUCAAUCUCUCUGACAUGGUUGACACAUGUCAUCGUAUCCCAAUCACAAAGCCUUUACUAAGUUAUCAAGGCGGAUUGGUCACAACAUACAUUUCUUUUAUAAAUCCGGCACCUUUUGAAUCGAAACGGACAUGCAUUUUUAACUAUAAUGAUCGUCACAUAUUCGGUAACCAGUGAAGAUUUGUGUUGGAAUUAAUUUUCAGCAGCUCGUAAAUCAUCAAGUACAUGACAAUUUCGAACACGAGAUAUAAAUGACCAGCCUUCCAUUUUAUUGAUGGUUCUGUAUUUAUUAUUACUAAAAGUAACAUUCCUUGCACGGUGAUUCUUUUCUGAAGGGUAGAAGUGGUCUAAUGGAAUCGGGCGGUCAGAGUGACUGAUGUGGGUGACAAGAAUCAUUGUGUCCAACUGGCAUAGAUCGGUGUCCAUAUUUUCCAAGUGGAUUGGCUGAUACAGUGACUCGAUUAUUUCCAUCGUAUAGCUGGAAUAAUGUUAAACUCGGGUUCAAACAACAUACAUUACGGUUAUCUGUUUACAGUUACCCUUUCAAGCCUCUGAAUCCACCCGUGACACAAUGUCCAUAGUGUCCUGAUUGUAGAUGUAAUUCAGUGUGGUGUGGCAUCGUUGCAACAAACCUCUUUGCCAAUUACCCUGAUUUCAUACUUUACAAAAGAAACUUACGCUGAAUAUUAUACAGCCAGAUAAGUGAUCAAUGUUGAUCAGUUUUAAAGACCAUGUUAGUGGCUGCUUGUGGGUCCCUGAUUCCAAGGGCUAUGACGUAUCUUUCUUUCUUUGACGUAUUGUUGAGUGCCCGUUGGUGGUUACCAUGUACUUGAUCUGGUUGUCGUUACUGUCAUUGCUCCAUGGGAAAAGUGGUGGACUGUGGUCCUUUGUAUAGAGCCCAGGUCACAAAUCUGAAGAAAGUAAACAACGUUGGUCGAGUUCUUGGAUGGGGUACCAUGUCUGGCAGCUUGAGAGUUUCUAGGACUUCAGUCCUGCCCACAGCGAAGCACACGCAGCACAUGUGUCCUCACCCUAGACAAGUUAGUUUGUUCAUGGAAACAGGCGUUUUAUAAAUAGCCAUUGUUAAUUACAUGUUACUUUGUACUCACAGAUAUUUGCACAAUGCAUAUGUCUGGGCAUAUUUCGCUCAAUUCGAAAAUUCUUUGUUUACACAUAAUCCAUAUCGAACGUGGGAAAUACGAAACGCGCCUGAUUCAUAUGUUCUACUUUUCCUCUGGCUUUUGUGAGACACUAUAGAAAGUCUAUAUGAUAGUAGAAAUGUAAGGAGAACGGGGAUAGUGUUCUCUAUUUCUUUGUAUAACCUUUAAUUAUUUGCUGUCAUUCCAUAAUGACAUUCAUAUGUCAAUUGUACAUUUGGCGUCCUUUACUUGUCCUCUAACAUAUUUAUGUCUACCUUGAUACCGUUUAUUUUGGACAUAAUUUGCACAAAUUAUGGAGAUGAAUUUGGUUUCACGUAAUCAUGAAAUAAUAAAACAGGAAGUGCAUUGAGUACCAAACGUGUGUUGUU